CCAUGGAUGAAGCGAGCUCAGAAAGCCAGCUCCACUCUGAGCUCUUUUCUGGGGAUAAAACGACCGAAACAAGCCUAAAAAACUCGGCGCCAUCUUUAAACUAACGGCUGGUUUAUCAUAUCUUCCUGGAGAGGAUUAUAACCGCGAUUAAACAGGAAGAAUGUUGUAAAAGUUAUUUAAAAAACGCGUUUAAAGUCAGCAAAAAAUCUGUUGGAAAAAGAGCCAACUGUCGUCCAACUUCUGAGACUGUGGGCAGGCUUCUGUCCUGUGGGAUGGAUGAGGUCCAGGAGCAGGAUGAGUAUGAGGAGCGUCUGAAGGAGGUGUUUCACAGUUUCGAUGCGAGCGGCUGUGGUUCUCUGAAUCCGGAGGAACUUUCUGACCUGUGCUGCUCUCUGCAGCUGGAGGAAGCUGUGCUGCAUUCACUGCUGCAGAGACCCCAACAACACACCGACGGGGUCGACUUUGACCAAUUCAAGAAUGCUCUGAUUUUAGCGUUAUCAUCAACUUUUGAGCCAGCCCCAUCAGAACAGGAGACUCCGUCUAAACCAGACUCUCCUGAGAUCCAGCCGAAGUUCGUGAAGGGCAGCAAGCGUUACGGCCGCCGCACCACGCCCGAGUUCAUCGAGCAUCACUCCGACUUCCCCGACGUGAUGAACGCUGACGCGGCGCAGCACGAGGAUCUGCGGGACAGCGAUGACUCGGCUGUUCCCAGGAAGCGUGAGCGCUGGAACGCUCAUGAUACCAGCACAGAGGAGUUUGAGGCUGAAGGUCAGAUGCAGCUCUGGAACCCCGACGACCCCAUCACCCUCCGGGGGUCGGGGGUCCCCCAGCUUCCCCCCGCUGUGCAGGAGAGGCUGCAGGACGCCUGCCAUCAGAUGCAGGUCAGCUGGGACGGCUCUGCAGAUCACUCCCAGCUGAUGGAGCUCUGCCAACACCUCGGACUGGAGAUAAACGUGGACGUCCUCCAGAGUCUGACGGGUGACGGAGAGAUGAACGUUCAGGAGUUUGUCUCCCGGGUUUUAAAUCAGAACAAACCUCCGACACCGUCCGCCUCCACGCCGUACAGGCAGCUCAAACGCCUCCACUCCACACAGCCGUUUGAUGAGGGCGGGCGUCGCACAGUGUCCUGUCCACUCAGCAGCUCCAUCGGCCUGUGUCUGUUCUCCAGCCUGGACGACGGGAGCGGCUUCACGGCGGUGGAGAGCCUGCUGGACGCCUGGAUGGAGGAGGGCGUGGAGAACAGCCUGGAGAUCCUGCAGGCUCUGAACUUCGAUCUGGACGGGCGUCUGAGCCUCAGCGAUCUGACUUUGGCUCUGGAGAGCGAGCUCCUCGUCACCAAGAACGGGAUCCACCAGGCGGCGCUCGCCAGCUUCAGAUCUGAGAUCAGACAUCUGCUAGAGCGUGUGGACAGGGAGCUCGGGGAGAAGGGGAGGAUUCGUUCUGAUCUGGAGAAAACCGAGAAACUAAAAGCUCAACUCGCUGUCGAGGUGGAUGAGAGACACGCUGCUAUAGAGCAAACCAACAACCAAAACCUCAGGAAGCUGGAGCAGGAUCACAGGGAGAAGCUGAGUGUGGUGCGCUCAGAUCUGAUGAAGGACAUGGAGCUGAUGCAGCAGCAGAACGAUCAGAAGAGAGAGACCCUGGAGGCCGAGCUGGAGAAGAUCAGGGAGGACGAGUCCUUCCUCAGAGACCACCUCUCCAUCUCCCUCCAGGAAAACAGACGCCUUGAAAUGGAGCUGCUGGACAGCACCGACCACCUGGUGGCGGCUCAGAGUCAGAACACUAAACUUCAGACUAACCUGGAAAACAUGAGGAAAGAGAAGUUUGGAGACUUGGACCCCGGCAGCGCAGACUUCUUACUCCAAGAGGAACGAAUCAAAGAAUUACGCAGCAGCUACGAAGCUCACUACAGGGAGCUGCAGGAUCGUAUCGACGAGCUGCAGAUGGAGCUGCAGGAGUUUCACAGCGUGGGACGAGUUCUUCAGCCUGGACACAAAACGCUCUCUGAGGAGCUGGAGAGCAAGAGCCCCGGCAUGGAGUCUGACCCUGGCAUCGGGGCGGACGAGGUGCAGCCGUUCAGCAUGAGCCUGGAGGCGGAGAUGAUGUUGGAGCACCUGAAGGAGCAACACCUGCAGGAGAUCGAGGAGUUGCAGAGCCAGCUGGAGUGCAAGAUGAAUGAGUUUGAUGAGAUGCUGGUGAAGAAGAAGGAGGUGCAGGAGGAGCAGGCGGCGUCUCUAGCGCUGCAGCACCAGCAGGAGGUGGAGGCUCUGAGGGAGGAGAUGCUCGGCGUCCAGAAGAAAACACAGGAGCUUCAGAUCCGAUUGGAGGAGGAGACCUCCACCCUUCAGAGGAGGCUCAACGAGGAGAGGGAGGAGAUAGACGUCCUGCAGGAGGAGCAGCUCACAGCGCUCAGGCAGCAGCUGCAGGAGGCGCACUCCUACGCCGCUGACCUGGAGGAGCAGAUCAACACCAACAUGGACGAGGACGCCGUGGAGGAGCUGAGGAAGCAACAGGAGGAGAAGGAGGAGGAGAAGGAGAGGAGGUUGCUAAAGGACUUUGAAAAUGAGAAGGAGCUGCUGCAAGAAAGACAUACAGAAGAGCUGAAGGUCAGAUUAGAGGAGGCGAAGGUGAGGUUUGAGGAGGAGCAGGUGGAGCUCUCUGAGGCCAAGCUAGAGGAGGCGAAGGUGAGGUUUGAGGAGGAGCAGGUGGAGCUCUCUGAGGCCAAGCUAGAGGAGGCGACAAGGAGGCUGCAGGGGGAGUUAGAGAAGGAGAAGGAGGCGUUGCAAGAAAGACACAAAGAGGAGGUGAAGGUGCGACUAGAGGAGGUGAAGGUGAAGUUUGAAGCGGAGAAGGUGCAGCUGGAGGAGCAGAGCAAUGAGUCCCUGCAGGUGGUGCUGGAGGAGGAGGUGUUGAGGCUGGUGAGGGAGCAGCAGGAGAAGGAGGCUGAGAUCAGGAUGCAUUGGGAGGAGGAGACAGUCCGGCUGCAGGAGCUCCAUCAGGAGGCCCUGCUGCAGGAGAGGCUGACGCUGCAGGAGCUCCAUCAGGAGGCCCUGCUGCAGGAGAGGCUGACGCUGCAGGAGCUUCACCAGGAGACCCAGCUGCGGGAGAGGCUGACGCUGCAGGAGCUGCACCAGGAGGCCCAGCUGCAGGAGAGGCUGACGCUGCAGGAGCUCCACCAGGAGACCCAGCUGCAGGAGAGGCUGACGCUGCAGGAGAGGAGUGAGCAGAGGGAGGCGAGGGUGAGGGAGGAGCUGGAGAGGGAGAGGCUGCAGCUGGAGGAGGACUAUGAGGGGAUGCUGCAGGAGAGGAUGGAGGAGGAGAGGGAGAAGCUGGAGACCCAGAGGGAGGAGGAGGAGAGGAGGGUGGAGGGUCUGAUGGAGGAGCAGAGGAGUCGUCUGCAGGAGAAACAACAGGAGGUGAUGGAGGAGGACAGGAGUCGUCUGCAGGAGAAACAGCAGCAGUUGAUGAAGGAGGUGAUGCUGAGGCACGCUGCAGAGAGGGAGGCGCUCAGCGGGGAGAUGGAGGCGCUGAGGGAGGACAUCGCUCAGGAGAGAUCUGAAGCCGGUCGCCUCUCUGAGGAAAACGGGGUCCUGCGUCAGAAGAUCGCUGCGCUGAAGGACGAGGAUUUAAAAGAAGUCCAGGAAGAGUUAAAACAAACAAUGGAGCACUUAAAGAAAGGGAAGACUGAAGCUCAAACUGCAGCGGAGGCUUUCCAGAGACGGAUUUCCGAGCUGCGUUCCCAGAGCCGGCAGCUGGAGGAGCAGAACGGGAAGCUGUCGGAGAAAAACUCCCAGAACCUUUCGGACGUGGAGAAUCUUCAGCAGCAGCUCUCAGACCUGCUGGAGGAGAGCCAGAGGAAGGAGGCGUUCACGGCCCACGAGAAAAACAAGUUGGCAGCGUGUGUGUGUGCUCUGGAGUCAGAGCUCACCAAAGCUCUGCAGGACUCUGCACAGCUGCAGCAGGCCGUCUCCCAGCAUGCACUGCAGCUCUGUGAACUCAGAGACAAGGCGGACAGAGUGGACUCCUUGGAGAGUUUGGAGAAGGAGGCUCAGGAUCAGCUGUCUGCCGCUCAGGAGAAGAAGGUGAAGCAUAACAGCGUCCGUCUGAAGUCUGACGUCCGUCACAUGCAGAAGGAGAGGGACUCCCUCAAACAGGAAGUCAGCGUGCUGCACAAACAGCUGCAGAACAGCAACGAAAAGAACCAGGUGCUGGAGAUGGCGCUGCACUCGAGCGGCGUUCAGAGCCGCAGCAGGAAGCUCUUCAGGGAGGAGAUGUCCCGUCUGCUGCAGCAGGAGCAGACGCUGCUGAAGGGAGAGAACCAGCGGCUGCAGACGGAGCUGCGCAGCGCCAAAGGAGAGCUGCGCAGCUCCAGAGACAAGGUGUGUGAGCUGGACGCCUCCCUGCUCUCCCUGGAGGCUCUGCAGCAGGAGAACGUCUGUCUGAAGCAGCAGCUGGAGACACACCGGGUCAUCAACACGGGCUCUGCAGCAGCACCCUCUCUCUCAGAUCCUGAGGCUCUGCAGAAGGAGAACGAGGCUCUCAGGACUCAGGUGGCUCGACUGUCCGCUCAGAUAAUCGAGUCGUUUCAGGCUCAGCUGGUGGGUCUGCUGCCUCCGUCUCCUCACAGGAUCCCCAGAGGAAAUCACCGAGGGGAGGAGCCGGACAACAUGCAGGCGCCGGUCCAGGAUCAGAGGGUCGCUCACUCUGACAGCUACCGGAGGAUCGGAGGACUCUAACAGCGCCGUCUUCCUCCUCCUCUUCCUCUUGCUCUUCCUCCUGCUACCUCUUUUUACUGCUGCUCUUCCUCCAUUCUGCUCCUCUUCCUCUGCUGUGUGGCUGCUUCUUUAUGGGAGACUGUGAUCAGAUGUGUUGCCUGAUUUAAAGGCUGAAUGUGUAAUUGUUUUUCUCUGCUGCUAGGUGGCAGGAAAACACAGAAAAAGGUGGAAAUAGGACCUUUUUCCCCAAUGGGAAUUACGAUGGAAAUGACAUUUUUAAAGUUUGAAGGACAUGCCAUAUGAAAUUUAUAUGGACGCCCUGAGAGGCAAGUGAGGAAAAAAACACUGAUUUAAAAAAAGAAAAUGAUUAUGAUUUCAGAAAAGGUGAUAAUACAAAGUUUAUUAAAAUACAUAAAGAAUAAUACAAAUAAACUCAAGUAACAUUUUCUCAAACCAGUGGGGUGAAAAAAGGGUUUAGCUGGUAAUGUAUUUAUGUUUUGUCGUUUUAUUGGGAAGCCAUAAACGGGAAUAUUUCAAACAUUUUUCGUUCCUCCAUUUUCCGCAUUAUAACGGGUUAGUUAUGACAUAAGAGAUAAUGACGUAAUGAAUUUGUGAAAUAUAAAUUCAACAUCAUACUCUCUAAAAAAUAAUAAUAAUGGAACUCCGCUUCAUGUAGGAAAUAAAAUGUUUAAAAUAUGGCCAUUUUUGCUUUCCGUAGUUUGCAUCCCAAUUAAACACAAAUAAAAAAAUCGGUUCCUUAAAAAAUCAAUAUAUACAUUUUAGAAUAUAUACCUUUUGCCGGGAAGAUUUCACUACUUAAUUAUUAUUCCAUCUUAAAAAAAUGAAGUGUAUGAUUAAAAAAUGUUAUCAGGAUCAGUUUGAUGAUUUUGAUGAAAAUUAUCUCACAUUUUUUGUUCACGUUAUUUAGGUCAUAACAUUUUAAAAUACAAUGUAAAUAAAUCCUCACUUGCCUCAUGAAACAUCAGUCGUUUCUGGACUUUUAACUUUUUAUACUCAAUCCUAAAAUACUAUGUAGUUUGAAUACAGGGAAUGGUUUUUAACGCAGGGUGAAUUUUGUUUAAAUGCACUUGAACCGUUUAUUCUGAGACAGGGUCUUUUUAUUAAAAUAAAUCCUCAGAGGCUGAAUGUUUAUUUUUGCCUUACGAUCAUCGAGGAGCCUUUUCUAACAAUCAAACUAAUCUGUAAAAAUAAGGAAGCGUCACUCUGUGUCCACGAUGAGAUUUAUUCAUUAAUUGUAUUUUAUUAUUAAUGCCUGUAAUUGUUAUUUUAUUGUACACAUACUACCUGAUUCUGCUGCUGCACAACCAAAGUGAACCACAGCUUCCUAAGUUAUUAUUUUUACUGUUUAAACACAAAUAAUGAAUGUUUAUCUGGUAUUUAUUAUUAUUAUUAUUAUUAAUGAUUGUUUGUCCCCAGUAGUCAUUUAUAAAUGUGUUGUUUUUGCGCCAUGUUUAAGCUCAAAUGUGUAAUAUUUUUAUUUUGUUAUUUAUUUUUGAUAGACUCCUCAUUAAAUGUAUUUUAUUUAUUAUUAUUUAUUGUAUGAUUUAAAUUAUUUUUUCGUAGAGGUAUCUGGAAUACAUGGCAUAAUUUUCUACCUAAUUAUAUUAAUGCUGAAAUGAAGAUAAAUAAAGUUUUAGCUCGUUAGAAAAUGA